CACCAGCCCCGGCCGCCCGGUAGCUGCGGUCCCAGUUCAGCGCAGCGCUCCGGAGCCGAAAGGACUGCAGCCGGCGGCCCGAGGUCAGGAGGAAUAGGUGGCGCCUAGAGAGCGGGUGGCCCGGAGCUGCCGGCAGCACGGAGGUGGAAGCUCUCGAGAGGGGCAGAGCAGCCUGCGAGGAGCAGCGGGGCGCCGGCAGGCUGGUGUAGGGGAGACCCUGCAGGAGGCAUGGCCGGGCUACGAGCCAGAUGGGGCCCUGGACGCGGGCUACUGGUGUUGUCCACGCUGGGUUUUUGCCUAAUGCUGCAAGCCAGCGCCAAGAGGCCUCCUAAGACGCCCCCCUGCCCACCCAGCUGCUCCUGUACCAGGGACACCGCCUUCUGCGUGGACUCUAAGGCAGUGCCCAAGAACCUGCCUUCAGAGGUCAUCUCCCUGACCCUGGUGAACGCUGCCUUCUCAGAGAUCCAGGAUGGAGCCUUCUCCCACCUGCCGCUGUUACAGUUCUUGUUACUCAACUCCAACAAGUUCACGCUGAUUGGAGACAAUGCCUUCAUGGGACUGUCACACCUGCAGUACCUCUUCAUAGAGAACAAUGACAUCUGGGCCCUCUCCAAGUUUACCUUUAGAGGACUCAGGUCCUUGACACAUCUCUCUCUGGCCAACAAUAACCUGCAGACAUUGCCAAGAGACAUCUUUCGUCCCCUGGACAUCCUGAGUGACUUGGACCUCCGGGGUAACGCGCUGAACUGUGACUGCAAGGUGAAGUGGCUAGUGGAGUGGCUGGCCCACAGCAACACCACUGUGGCCCCCAUCUACUGUGCCAGCCCUCCCCGAUUCCAGGAGCACAAGGUGCAAGACUUGCCUCUUCGGGAAUUUGACUGCGUCACCACCGAUUUCGUCCUCUACCAGACACUGUCCUUCCCAGCAGUAUCAGCCGAACCCUUCCUUUACUCCAGCGACCUCUAUUUGGCUCUGGCCCAGCCCGGUGCCAGUGCGUGCACCAUCCUGAAGUGGGACUAUGUGGAAAGGCAGCUUCGAGACUAUGAUAGAAUUCCAGCCCCCUCAGCGGUGCACUGCAAGCCGAUGGUGGUGGACGGCCAGCUCUAUGUGGUCGUGGCCCAGCUGUUUGGCGGCUCAUACAUUUACCACUGGGACCCCAACACCACGCGUUUCACCAAGCUGCAGGACAUCGACCCUCAACGCGUGCGCAAGCCCAAUGACCUAGAAGCCUUCCGAGUCGACGGUGACUGGUUCUUCGCAGUGGCUGACAGCUCUAAGGCGGGCGCCACCAGCCUCUACCGCUGGCACCAGAAUGGCUUCUAUUCCCACCAGGCUCUGCAUGCCUGGCACCGUGACACCGACCUGGAGUUUGUUGAUGGCGAGGGCAAGCCUCGGCUGAUUGUGUCUAGUAGCUCUCAGGCACCUGUCAUCUAUCAGUGGAGUCGUACUCAGAAACAGUUUGUGGCCCAGGGAGAGGUGACUCAGGUGCCCGAUGCCCAGGCCGUGAAACACUUUCGAGCUGGCCGAGACAGCUACCUGUGCCUUAGUCGCUACAUCGGUGACUCCAAGAUCCUGCGCUGGGAGGGCACUCGUUUCUCGGAGGUGCAGGCCCUUCCCUCCCGAGGCUCUCUGGCCCUACAGCCCUUCCUGGUGGGUGGCCACCGCUACCUGGCACUGGGCAGUGACUUCUCCUUCACCCAGAUCUACCAGUGGGAUGAGGGGCGACAGAAGUUCGUACGGUUCCAGGAGCUGGCUGUGCAGGCCCCUCGGGCCUUCUGCUACAUGCCUGCUGGAGAUGCCCAGCUGCUCCUGGCUCCCAGUUUCAAGGGACAAACACUGGUAUACCGACAUGUUGUAGUUGAUCUCAGUGCCUAGAGGGAGGUGAAGUCCUUUUGGUUCCUCAGGGUGGUGCUGUACGCGGGGCGGGGACCUCUGUGAGCAACUUGUGGCCCCGAGUAAAGUCACAUGUGGCUAACCUGUAUAUGUAACCACACACACACACACACACACACACACACAUAUAUACACACAGAAGUGGGCCUGGGCACAUACCAGCCACUAGCCCAUGGGAGCUAUUCCCAUCACAGUAAUCGGCACGUACGUAUGCGAGAGGCACCCAGUAUCCCAGGUUCUCCUCUCUGUGUGUACCAGUGGCCCCCCACAUCUGCAGUGACCCCGUGCUCUGCUUUCUCGCUAGUGUGUCUGGGUAACGCAAUGGGUGCAGGCAGGGGUGAGCCAUGGCCUUUUCUUCUCAGCUUAGCCUUCUGCCCUCUGGCCUUUCCUGCUCAGGGUGCCUGUGUGCCUGUUGGGCAUCCACAGCUGUGCCCACACUUCCCAGUGUGCCUGCCCACGCCAUGCCGCGCUCCUUCUGCAUGCACCUGGGGACGCCGAUGGAGACUUAGUCACGUAGUCCUGCAUACCUGGCCACGCUCCUAGUUCCGUACGUGCACACGUCUGGGAGCGUGUACACGAGCAGGCUGGGUGCUGGGCGUACAGGUUUCCCUGUUAUCACCUAGCCGCACCUUCUUGGAAGGUGCCUACAGCACCCUCACUCUCUCUGUUCACCCCAGUGUGCCCCCUUAUGUGGCUAACAAGGAUAAUAACAGUAAGCAUCACCAUGGCCGCCUGGGGACAAAGCCACUUCAUCCUGAAGCAAUAAUAACAACAGAGGCGAUAGCAACUGGACUCCUUGCAGCGCCAUGUACUUUUCUUCUCACUAGAGUUUUCUUCCAUGACUCAAUCCCAGCUCCCCUGGACAAAGGAGGAAAGGCUUUCUCUAGAUAGUAUUGCUUUUUCAAGCUCAGGCUCUCUCCUCUCUCAUCCCAUCUUUGGGAUGUGGACCCCGAACUGUGAUUGUCCCUUGGGUGGAUGUAAAAACUGGCCAAGGCAAGAAUCCCGAGAGAACCUGAGCUACUUGUGUGGGUGCCAGGAACAUGCUGGGCGCCCUGGAAACCCUCCACUCUGUGGAGAUGCUCUUAGAAGCAUGGCUCAGUGGAGGCUAAAGAUGGGUAGCAGGAGGGACGCCUAGGAACCAGGCCUCUGCUGCCCUCUGCUGUUCGCUUGGAACAGCAGCUCAGAAGCAGGAAAUUGCCAGAUUGAGAGGAUUUCUUGUGGCCUGGGGCACCUGGGAGCAAUGCUAUGAUUCCUUUGCUUCAAAUAAAAAGUUCCACCCCCACCGCUA